AUGCAACGCCCCAAUCUGGGGAGCUGUGUGUGCUAACUGAGUGUUGUGUCGUGUGUAGUCAGAUGGCAUUAUUACAUAAAGUCGGGUAACAGAGGCUCACUGAGGGGAUACACUCACUGGCUGGUGUUGAUGGAGACUUUCAGUGUUGAUUAUGAUGUGGCUCAGAUAGGGAGCUGGUGUUGGGAUGGAGUCUAAUGUGCUUUCUCUCCUUUCUCUCCCUCUCCUCUCAUUUUUCACUGUUCCCCUCUUUUUCACUCUCAUUCUUCCUCUCCUAUCAUGCUAUAUUUAUGAUUUUAUUUAUCCUAUCUAUCUCUCUCUCCUUCUCUAUCCCUAUAUACCCCCCCCCCCCUCUUUUAUUUGUCUCUUCUCCUGUCCUCUCUGUUCUCAGGUGCGGUGCGAGCUUCCAGCAUCUUCCCCAUCCUCAGUGUCAUCCUGCUCUUCAUGGGAGGGCUGUGUAUAGCUGCCAGCGAGUUCUACAAGUCACGCCACAACAUCAUCCUCAGUGCAGGCAUCUUCUUUGUGUCUGCAGGUGAGUCUAGAGAGGAAGAGAGACGGGAAGAGAGAGAGGAGGGGGUGGGUAUCUAGGACAGGUAGAGGAAGAGAGGAAGGAAGACUGGGGAAAAAGAAAGAGAGAAACAGUUGCUAUGGUGGAGAGGGAUAGUAGGGGUUACAUUAGGGAGAUGAGCUUCAAAUGAGUUGGUUCCAUUGAUAGAAAGUAUACACAAAUGCAAAUGUUUUCAGUCACUACUUUUUAGUCACUAACAUGCAAUGUUAUUAUGGUACACUUACAUAGAACAGUUGUACAUAUGGAUGUAAGUCCUGCAAAGAAGAGACUGUUGACUAAUCCAGCCAAGGUGCAGUGCACUAGCAGUCUCUCUCUGCUGCUGGUCAUCCCCGGUACUGCAGCUCCUCAGUCAGCUCUCAGCCUCCACUCAGUAGCAGCCACAAGUCACGCACUCCAUUCUUCCCUCUUUAUCCACGUAUUUCCUCCUGAUCUGGUUGCUGGGCUAGGAGCUACCCAUUGGGAUUCAACUCUAAAAAUAUGGUGUCCCUGACAUACUUUCCCAAUGAUCCAUCAUCCCAGCUCUACUGUGUCACACACUUCUCUUUCUCUCCGUGACUAAACGUUACAGUCAAAGUAGAUAUAUAUACACUGUGUACAAAACAUUAGGCCUCAACAUCAGAACAGCCUCAAUUUGACGGGGCAUGGACUCUACAAGGUGUCGAAAGUGUUCCACAGGAAUGCUGGCCCAGUGCGUCCUACAGGUCUGUCAACUACCAUACCCCGUUCAAAGGCACUUCAAUCUUUUGUCUUGCCCAUUCACCUUCUGAAUGGCACACAUACACAAUCCAUGUCUCAAUUGUCUCAAGGCUUAAAAAUCCUUCUUUAACAUGUCUCCCCCCUUCAUCUACACUGAUUGAAGUGGAUUUAACAAGUGAUGUCAAUAAGUGAUCAUAGCUUUCACCUGGAUACACCUGGUCAGUCUAUGUCAUGGAAAGAGCACUCAGUGUAUAUGAGUAUAUGAUUAUGAUCCCUAUCAUAGGUUGUGAGCCCUAUGUGAAUCAUAGGUAUAAUCAUGUUAUGUGCUGUCCCAACUGAUCUGACUCAGGAUCUCAAUCUAUAUUCUUAAACACUGUAAGGGCAGAGGCUCUGGCUUGGGUCAUAUUUCUGGGUCAUAUUCAGUCAGAUUUAAAAACAGUUAAUGAGAAGUACGGUAUGUAUGUACAUUAUCCUUUGGUGAAUCCGUGGCACUUGUCUCAAAAGGUUUGUCUUGGUAAUGGCGUAUUCAUUGUGGUGGAUGGAUGCACUCAGUUGUAGAACAGGUUCAUGGAGGACUACUGCAUAUGUGAAAAGGUACAUUUCCUGUCUUAACUGAUUGCAUAAUCCUCUGUUGUUCUCUCAUCUUGCCCCUCCAACUCCCCAACUCCCCAACCCUACACUCCCCACUCCCUCAGGCCUGAGUAACAUCAUCGGGAUCAUCGUGUACAUAUCAGCUAACGCAGGGGAUCCCUCUAAGAGCGACUCGAAGAAGAACAGCUACUCCUACGGCUGGUCCUUCUACUUCGGAGCCCUGUCCUUCAUCAUGGCCGAGAUGGUGGGUGUCCUGGCAGCCCACAUGUUCAUCGACCGCCAUCGGCAGCUCCGGGCCGGGGCCAGGGCUGCCGACUACCUCCAGGCCUCGGCCAUCACGCGCAUCCCUUCCUACCGCUACCGCUACCGGCGCCGCUCGCGCUCCUCCUCCCGCUCCACAGACCCCUCGCACUCCCGCGACACCUCGCCCGUGGGCCUCAAGGGCUUCAGCGCGUUACCCUCCACAGAGAUCUCCAUGUACACACUGCCCCGGGACACCCUGAAGCCCGGGGGCACGCCGACCGCCACCUACAACUCGGAGAGGGACCACAACUUCCUGCAGGUCCACAAUUGUAUCCAGAAGGAAAAAGACUCAGCCAACACCAACACAGCCAACCGCCGCACCACACCUGUAUGA